GCGGCCCGAGUCCUGCGCUGUUGGCACUUAGCUGUCAAGCAGGGUGAAGUCGUGCGCUUGCUAGCGUCAAGUGUCUCUAUUAAAAGCGCAUUUAUUCAUGAUAAUUGUGCAGAAGAUCUAACUAAGUGCACAUUUAAACGCCAGGACGAGGGAUUUCGAGGACCUGCAGGUGGUGGGAAUGGACGCUCACGCUUCAUCACGCGCUCUCUCCCGGAAGAGGAGGAGAGAUGACUCGAAUGGAGAGACGGAGGAAGGAGACACGACGGGCAAAUUUAAACGCCACACCGUGGCUCUAAGAGAUCCGGCUCCGUACGCUGAUCAGCUCGAUUCGUUGGAGGAUCGGCCAUAUAAACGCGUCAGCAUGGAGGAGGCUCAAAGGGGAACACCACCUGACAGGCCGGUGAGGGUGUACGCAGACGGCAUCUUCGACAUGUUCCAUUCAGGACACGCCCGCGCCCUCAUGCAGGCCAAAGGCCUCUUCCCCAACACACACCUCAUCGUUGGAGUGUGCAGUGACGACCUCACACACAAACUCAAGGGCUUCACCGUGAUGAACGAGGAGGAGCGCUACGACGCCGUCACACACUGCCGCUACGUGGACGAGGUGGUGCGCAACGCGCCCUGGACCCUCACGCCCGACUUCCUCACCAAACACCGGAUUGACUUUGUCGCUCAUGAUGAUAUCCCGUACUCCUCAGCGGGGAGUGAUGACGUGUACAAACACAUCAAAGAAGCAGGUAUGUUUGCUCCGACUCAGCGCACUGAGGGCAUCUCUACCUCUGACAUCAUCACCCGCAUCGUCCGCGACUACGACGUGUACGUGAGGAGAAACCUGCAGCGCGGCUACACGGCCAAAGAGCUCAACGUCAGCUUCAUCAACGAGAAGAAGUACCACCUGCAGGAGCGUGUGGAUAAGGUGAAGCAGAAGGUGCGAGAUGUGGAGGAGAAGAGCAAAGAGUUUGUGCAGAAGGUGGAGGAGAAGAGCAUCGACCUGAUCCAGAAGUGGGAGGAGAAAUCCCGGGAGUUCAUCGGAAACUUCCUGCAGAUGUUCGGGCCCGAGGGAGCGCUGAAGCACAUGCUGAAGGAGGGGAAAGGCCGCAUGCUGCAGGCCAUCAGUCCUCGUCAGAGCCCGAGCAGCAGCCCGACCCGUGAGCGCUCGCCCUCGCCCACCUUCCGCCUCCCGUUCUUCACCAAGACCUCACCGCCCGCCUCGCCCAGCGCCAAGCGCCCACGCCAUGACAUCAUCACCCAUGGCCAGAACAUCAGCGAGGACGAGGACGACGAAGAUUAGGAAGGAGGACGUCAGACACUGGGUGUGGAAAUGCUGACACGGAAACAUGUCGCUCCUCUACUUCCUCCAUCAAAUAUGGAAUGAAGAACGGAUAUUUUUUUAAACAUGUUGCAGCUAUGGCUGUGUGUGUAGUAACCAUUAGCAUACAGGAGGACUGUGUGUGUGUGUGUGUGUGUGUGUGUGUGAGAUGUUACAGCAUGCCAGUGUUCUGGCUCUGUUUCCUGUAAGAUCUGAGUUUUGGGGGAAGAGCCGCUGUUUUUACUCUAGAAUCGUCUGUCAGUGUGCAUGGGAUCGUUUUAUUUUUAUUUUAAAAACAACCUUUUUUUGUUCUUUAUACAGUCUAACAAGACACUCAGAGAGUCUGUACAUUUUUUAGUUACAUCUGCAAAGCUCAUCGUACAGUUCUUUAUCUUAAAAACACGUCAAGCGUGCGCUAACUGGUCAAGAGACCUCGUCUGUUGCCAUGGUUACAUCUCGGACCGUGUUAUUUCUCUCUGUGCACUUCAAGUAUAGGCCAAGGGCUAAAAAAACAUAGUAUUCAUGGUUAUGUAGUAUGAAUACAUAGUAUUCAUUCAAUUCUAGCACUAUUACCUCGAUAAAAUAGAAAAUAGCGCACACAUUUACACCUGUAAACGAGUAUUUUCCAGAUUUUCAGAGAAGUCGUAUCUGACAUUUUCUGGAUGUUUUUUUUUUUUUUUUUUUUUCCCUAACAGGUGUUGCGAGGUGUAUUGGAAUUUUAUUUAGUAUUUUUUUUUGUAAAGUCUAUAGCGGUAACAUUAAACCAAACAAACACUAUGUUAGACUACGCCAGUAGGAGGCGCUGAACUGCACCCGUUAUGCUCUAGCUAGCUGACUAGCCUUGUAGCGGAAAGUUAGCUACAUUAGCCUUGACUGCAUUUAGGGUGCACAGGAUAUUUAACUUUACUACUCGUUUUUUUAAGAAAUCUUGGACAUCUUGUGAUAGCUUGUUUUUUUUGUUUUUUUUCUUUUCGUAAGCAUCAAGUCCUGAAAAAAGCGUUCAGGAGCAUCAAAGCAAUCCCAUAAACCUGUUCACCAAACGAGUGUUUGAAAAACGUGAUGGAGAUGACGAGGAAGACAUUUUGCAAUACAGUAAAUCUUUGUGAAAAUAUCAUCCAGCUUGAUGAACCAUUAUUAUUAUGGAACUUUAAUAAUUGGCACAUACGCAAUCUGCGUUUGCAUUUCUGACUCGACGCUUGUAACGACCUCAGCAGGUUUUAUUGCACUGUUCGAGCUCUGCUGAUCUGAUGUGUGUUUAUAUAUUUCUGUAAAGCUGUCCUGUUAAAAGCGCUAUACAUAUGAAAUUGAAUUGAACGGAGUACGUGUAAAAUGUAGGAUUGUGUACAGCUACUGUAAUAACCUCACUAAUUAAUUAGUCUCUCACUGCACAAAAUGGACUUUAAUUGUAAGAUAGUUUUAUCUUUUCUUCUGUCUGGUGUCUGCUCGGUUUUUUAUUUAUAUCAGAACACAGAAUCUUAUUAAAUCAGUAUAAUAUGAACAAAA